UUAGCCUCUACUACAAAGCUGUAAUCAUCAAGACAGUAUGGUAUUGGCACAAAAACAGACCCAUAGACCAAUGGAAUAGAAUAGAGAACCCAGGGUUGGACCCACAAAUGUAUGGCCACCUAAUCUUCGAUAAAGCAGGAAAGUGUCCAAUGGAAAAAAGUCUCUUUAGCAAAUGGUGCUGGGAGAACUGGACAGCAACAUGCAGAAGAAUGAAACUAGACCACUGUCUUACCAGUAACAUCUGCCCCAGCCUACCUCUGUGGACCCUUCUCCCUCCAUACCAGCCUCAAACUUUACUCCAACAGGGGAACGUGACUGGUGCAUUUGUAUCCACACUAGACUGCUUCUCCCCCAGCUGUACCUGCCCCUCUUCAUUCCUAAUUGUCUCAUUUGGCCCAGCCCCGCCCAGCCUGACCUUGCCUCCUGCCCACUGACUUUUCCUACCCCUUUCAGCAGCUGCAUUGACUGUUGUGCCUGAAAACAUUGCAUUGUGAUUAUCUGAGUAGGUGGAAGUUUCCCGAGAACAAAGGCUGGGUUGUUAACAUCUUCGUUUGCGCAGAACUUAGCAAAGCACCCAGAACACAGUAGUACUAAACAAGUUGGAUGGAUGGAUGGAUGGAUGGAUGGAUGGAUGGAUGGAUGGAUGGAACGAGCAGAAAUCUGCCUGAUACUGUGGCCUGAAGCAGACCAGUUCAUUACUGACGUAUCUAGAUGUAGCCUUGACCUAGGGAACGAAUGUCUUCAGUGAGCCUAUCCUUGGAUGAUCUUGUCUUCUAGGGUGAGUUGGCCUGGGUUCAGUGCAAACUGUCAUAUUUAGGCAUUCAUUGACCAUCCUUCGUGCCAGGCCAAUAUGGGGCAGAUGAAGAUUCACUUACAUGUCACAUGAUGGCAGAUGAUUUUACUGAGCAUUUACUAAGUACCAGAUACUGUUCUAGGUGCUUUAAGUGAAUUAGUUCAUUCAAUUCACACAGCAGUCUGAUGGGGUACAUACUAUUAGUAUCUCCAUUUUGUAGAUGAGUUAGAAAAGUUAACAAGCACAUAGAGCUAUUAAAAAUAGAAUCUUCAUGCAAACCCAGGCAGCCUGAUUCCAGAGACUGACAUUACCAGCACCUCAUGUCUCCCCAGGUUCGUGUUUCCGGGGGUCCUUGCAUUUCUCGGUCCCUUCCUCUCCCAAGUUGGAAGGACAGGUAAGGGCUAAGAAGAGAAAAUUUCAGCUUGGUUUUUUUUUAUUUAGUCAGUUAUAUUCCCUCGUGAUUACUUAAGGAUAUGCAGUUAGCCAGGAUGGGGUCUGUAUUUUCUUCUUUCUAUCUGUAUACAUUUACUUACCCAGUGUAACUUUUCUCACCCAGAUUUGAGUGAUUAGCAAAAAAAGUUCAUGAUGCAAACGGUUUUGCUCUGUGCAAACCAUCUGUCUUUCUCAGUGGGCUGGAAACCACACUACUGCUUCCUCUUUACCUUUGUAGUGAGAGCACAGCCUUUGUCACUGGGUGUCUGAACAACUUCAGUGACACCGCCAGGAGAGGUCUGUACUGGUCCAAAUGGCACACAUCCUAUACGUGGCAUCUCUCUUUCUCCUUCUGACUAAGCUCAGCAUUGGCCAGAGAAAAGUAACGGUCCAGAAAGGACCGCUGUUUCGGGCUGAAGGCUACCCUGUCAGCAUUGGCUGCAAUGUAACUGGCUACGAGGAACCUUCUGAGCAGCAAUUCCAGUGGUCUGUUUACCUGCCGACAGCCCCAACUCGAGAAAUCCAGAUCAUAAGCACCGCGGAUGCCACCUUCACUUACGCGGUGUACGCGCAGCGAGUACGAAGCAGGGGGAUCUACGUGGAGAGGGUCCGGGGCAACUCAGUCUUGUUGCACAUCUCAAAGGUCCAGCUGAAGGAUUCUGGAGAGUAUGAGUGUUACACACCGAACACGGAUAAAAAAUACUACGGCAAUUACAGUGCGAAGACUAGACUCAUUGUUAUUCCAGAUACCCUCUCUGCCACUAUGAGUUCCCAGAUUCUCAGUAAGAAGGAAGGCGAAUCAUUAGAACUUACGUGUGACGCAUCCAAAGCCACAACUCAGCAUACCCACCUGUCUGUCACCUGGCACCUGAUCCAGGAUGGAGAAAGAAGCCAAGCUACCGAGAUUAUUUCCCUCUCCAAAGAUUUCAUGUUGAUCCCUGGGCCCUCAUUUACCGAGAGGUUUGCCGCUGGUGAUGUGCAUCUCAACAAGCUUGGGGUCACUACCUUCAGGCUGGCCGUAGGGAGGCUCCAGCCCUCCGAUCAAGGCCAGCUGUUCUGUGAGGCAACCGAAUGGAUUCAAGAUCCAGAUGAAACCUGGACUUUAAUCACGAAAAAGCAGACGGAUCAAACAACUCUGAGGAUCCAACCAACAGUGAGAGAUUUUCAAGUCAACAUUACCACCCAGAGCACGUUUACAGCAGGGAAACCCUUAGAACUGGUUUGCCUGGUAGUAGGCAGUGGCCAGGACCCACAGCUUCAGGGCAUCUGGCUCUUCAAUGGUAACGAGGUGGCCCGCAUCAAUGCUAGUGGUGUUCUGGACCUCAAGAGAGACUACAGAGAGAGAGCAAGUCAAGGACAGCUCCAGGUUUCAAAGUUAAACCCCAAGGUUUUCUCUCUCAAGAUCUUUUCUAUGGGCCCCGAGGAUGAAGGGGCCUACACAUGUGCCGUGGAAGAGGUGGUAAGAAAUCAGAUGGACUCCUGGGAUGUGCUUCAGAGAAAGCAGUCACCGGACACCCACGUGCAUCUGAGGAUGCCGGCAGCAAGAAAUGUGGCCUUAUCUACCAAGAGCAAGCAGCAAGCAGUGUGGGAAGGAGAGGUAUUAACCCUUCUCUGCAAGGCAGAUGGAACCGAGAGUCCCCUGUCUGUGGAAUGGUGGCGCCUCCCACAGGGCCAGACGCAGCCAGAGUUCGUGGCUGGCAUGGGGCAGGAUGGCACGGUGCAGCUAGGCGCCCCCUACAAGGAACUCAAUAACCACGGCAACACAAGGCUGGAGAAAACGGACUGGGCCACUUUCCAGCUGGAGAUCACCUCCACCACCAUUACGGACGGUGGUAUAUACGAGUGCCGAGUGUCUGAGAGUGCCCAGAACCAGGCCAGAGGUCAGAGCUGGACUCAGAAGUUGUCGGUCACCAUCAGAUCUCUGGAGUCGAGUUUACAGGUUAAGCUGAUGAGCCGUCAACCCCAAGUGACAUUAACCAACACCUUUGGCCUGUCCUGCAUAGUGGAGGCUGACUUCUCCCACCUCAGGGUGCCACUCACUGUGACGUGGCAGUUCCAGCCAGCAAGAUCUCAGGUCUUUUAUCUGCUUGUUCGAAUCGCCUGGAACGGCACUAUUGAGUGGGGGGAUUUCCUAUCUCAGUUCCAAAAGAAGACAAAGCUUUUGCAGUCCUCAUUUUACUCUCAACUCCUAAUCCACGAUGCCACGGAGGAAGAAGCAGGAGUUUAUCGGUGUCAAGUAGAAGUUUACGCCAGAAAUUCCCCAGACACGAGCGGCCCCCCGAGGGCUUCCGCCGUCUCUCACUCGCUGAUGAUAGCCAUCACUUUGCCAGAGAGCAAGCUAAGAGUGGACUCAACCAGUCAAGUCCAAGAGAUCUUCAUCAACUCCAACACCAACAUAGAAUGUAGCAUCUUGUCCCAGUCCACUGGAGACCUCCAGUUAGCCGUUAUUUGGUACUUCUCUCCCAUUUCCAUGAACGCAACCUGGCUGAGGAUCCUGGAAAUGGACCAAACCAAUGUUGUAAAAUAUGGGGAUGAAUUUCACUCCCUACUGAGACAACAAAAAUUCCACCCCAAGAAAGUUUCCCAGGACUUGUUUCAGCUACAGAUUCUGAAUGUGGAAGACAGCGAUCAGGGCAGAUACCACUGUGCUGUGGAAGAAUGGUUCUUGUCCAGAAACGGCACUUGGCACAAGCUUGGAGAAAAGAAGUCAGGUCUGACAGAAUUGAAACUCAGGCCCACAGGAAGCAAGGUACGUGUCUCCAAAGUGUACUGGACAGAAAAUGCUACCGAGCACACGGAGGUGGCCAUCCGCUGCAGCCUGGAGAGUUCUGGCAGCUCGGCUUCUCUGUACUCUGUGAUGUGGUUGCGCAACGGGGAGCAUUCAGGAAGGAAAAUGCUGGUACACCUUCGGCAUGAUGGCUUGCUGGAGUAUGGUGACGAGGGGCUCGGGGGGCAUCUGUACUGUUACCGCUCAUCCCCUACAGACUUUGUCCUGAAGCUUCAUCAGGUCAGAAUGGAGGAUGCUGGUUUGUACUGGUGCAAGGUGACAGAGUGGGAGCCGCAUGGUAACCCUGGCACGUGGGUCAACCGAGCAUCAGAUGAGUCCCAGCAUGUGGUGCUCACGGUGCUGCCUUCAGAGCCCACAUUUCCCUCCAGGAUCUGCUCGUCAACACCUUUACUCUAUUUCCUAUUCACCUGCCCCUGCAUUCUGUUUAUCCUUCUGCUCAUUUCCCUCGUCUGCUUGUACCACAAAGCCAGGAGGCUGUCGGCACUGAAGCUAAACGUGCUGAAAAAAAAGACUCUCUGGGUGGAUUUGAAACGGGCUGGAGACUGGGUAACCACCUGGAGGGAAGAGGAAGACCAUUGAAUCCCGAGAGCCGUCUGCAGCCCUAUGGAAAGUGUGGGCUCUGGAACUGGACUGAGCAUUGGUGUGAAUGAAUCCUGAUUGUGUCCUUCUUGGUGUGUGUGGCCUUGGGCAAGUUACCUAGGAAUCAGAGGGAACGUGUAUGUGGUUUCUUUGUGUGUUGUCAUCUACCCCUUGCCUUCUCCCAGGAGCUAGAUGAUUUACCCUGUGUUUCAUUUGCCGCACCUCACAGAGGUUCAGGGUCCCCUUCUGUAAGGAGAGAACCUCCCUCACACAGCCUCUUGGGUAUUAGUUGCGAUCCUAUGGCGAAGCCCGGGGUGAGGCUGCCCUCUGCUUUCUCCUCCCUUAUGUCACUGAUUCCCAGGAAAGCAUUCCGAGUGGUCCAGUCACACUGGCUCUAGGUAAUCUUUUGCCCCCAAAUAAGAGGUGUGGGAAGGGGCCUGAUGUCAGCAAGGCAAAAAGGAAUUGGGAAUAUGCCCUUCAUUCACAUCAGAUCUACUUCCCAAUGUGGAUGUGACUUCCUUCAAUGCAGAAAUCCUGUCUUGCCCCCAACCCAUCUAUAAAUGCUACUCAAGGACAAUCUCUGCGUAGACGGUACCUAAUUAAUAUUGAUGGGUUCUUUGAAGAAAUUAUAAAGCAUUUUGUAGUCUGA